UCUCUCUCUUUUGUUCGUCGCUUCAUCUGCCCGUUGGUCUUCCUGUCAAUUUGCACCCCGAAGGAUGGGAAUUUUGACGGCUGCUCCGACCGAAAUUGCAUCGUCUAUAGGACAUCAAGAUUCGAACUGCAGGUAACCGAGGGCAAGUUGGAUCAUCACAAUUGAGAGCAGCAGUUGGAGGUAGACCUGUCGGUGAAUGAAUAUAGGUUUGAGGAACGGAUUUCUGAUGAUUCAGGGAUUUGGAGAGCGAUCACUAUGCAAACAUCAGGUUUCUUUGGGAAUCAUGGAGUUGGCCAGAUGGUGAUAUCUGAGACACCUCAGGCCACACUGGUGCCUUGGUUGGUUGGAUCUCAACUUAUCUAUGGUGAUCCUCUUAGCCAGCUGAAGCCUCUGUCUAGGGACCAUACUGACGGGGAUGACCAGAUAACAUCUGUGUCACGACAAAUGAAUCACGUUAUAGACCCAAGGCGACGACCAAGUUCGGGGUCCGAAAUCCCAGAGAAAGGGACUAAUGGUACAGUCAAGUUCUCGAUAGUCCCAGAUCCCAAGGAUUUAGGAGAAGUGCAGAAGACUCAGCAACACUAUGUGCCCUUUCCUCUACAGUCAUCAUUACGUGAAAAUCCAGGUUGUUUCGAGCCAGGACUUGGUCAGUCUAUGGUUUGUCCCAGUCACUCUUAUGUUGACCAGUUCUAUGGCUUAUAUGCAACUUAUGCAGCUCAAGCAAUGCAUGGACGCAUGCUUUUACCAAUGGCUGUGGCAACCCAAGGACCAAUCUAUGUGAAUGCAAAACAGUUCAAUGCUAUUCUUCGUCGUCGCAAAGCUCGUGCUAAGGCUGAGAAAAAGAACAAAUCGAUCAAGGUUAGGAAGCCAUACUUGCAUGAGUCACGCCACAUUCAUGCAAUGCACCGAGUGAGGGGCUGCAGUGGUCGCUUUUUAAACACCAAAAAGGAAGGUAAUGUUGGAAAUGGUGGUUGCAAGGUGAAAGAAUGGAUGCCUCCUCAGCCUGCCAAUUUUGAAGCGAGCUCUGAGACUCUGCACUCUGGCAACUUAAAAAUGAACUCUACAAGUAGUCGAUCGAGUGCAUCAGGAUCUGAGGUGACAAGCGUGUGUGCUCGGGAAGAUAUCGGUGAUUUCCACAUUGUUGAUAAUCCGAGUCCAUCAGGUUUCUGUUCCCAUUUAAGUAUGAUGAGUGGAGGAGAAGGAGCCAGUAUCGGUCACAGAUGGGGUGCAGCAGCUGAUGGCUGCUGUGAUCCAGACCUCCUCAAAAUCUAAUGAGAUGGAUACUGGGGACGGUGGAUUGGAAGUUCCAAGUACAUGCUUGAGUAAUUCCCCUCCAAAACCUGGUACAACCAGAUGGAAGAAAUGGCCACGGCCAUUGUUUGGUUGUUUUCUCAUGGCAAUUCAUUCUUGGCUUUUAUGCAGUGAGGCCUUCAUUAUCAUCUAAA